UCAUCACAGGAGCAAGUUUAGCCGGAAUACUAUAGCAAAAGUGCUGACCCCGCUAUGACCUAGCAAAGAGUCCUAGACUGAUCCUGGAACUGGAAAACGACGAGCUCUUCCUUCAGGACAUGCCCAGAUCCAAGAUAUGGGGGGCCAAUCUCAAAGUAACAUCUGAACAACAAUAUAAUGAACAAUAUCCGAUAAGAAUGUCAAGUUAGACCAUUUCGGUCCGGAGAGAUGCUAUCAGCGGUCCGAACAGAUGUUCUUCUAUAUGCUUUGUAUAUAGGUCUACAGUCGCUUUGGAUUACCCAUCUAGUCCCCAUGCUAAACGCCAUCCAUACCGAGCUCAAAUCCAACUGGUCCUGGAAGCAGCGAGACCCCAAGGUUCCUAUCCUUGGGGAAGUUGCGACAACAGGCUGGCGCUCCACACAGGUGUAUCCGUCUGAGAUACACGUCGAGUUAUUGAAAAACGGUCUGAUUCCCGAUCCGUACCGCGGAUUUGCCGAAAGAGAAGUCCAAUGGGUGGGAGAAGUCGAGUGGCUGUACAAGUGCACUUUCGAUUUCAAGCCGGGGGAUGGACGACACUCUCAGGCUGAACUGGAAUUUCUGGGCUUGGAUACGGUGUGCGACGUCUAUCUGAACAAUGAAAUCAUUCUGGAAACCAGCAACAUGUUCCAGACCCAUGUCGUCCCCAUCUUACCGACGGCCUCUAUAAACACGCUUCUUCUCCACUUCAAAUCGGCCAAAAGGCUUGCUAAAUCCCUAGAAGAGCAACACGGCAAGGUACGCGCAGGGUCGACAAACCUCGGAGAUCCGAGCAGGGUCUAUGUCCGUAAGGCUCAGUACGAUUGGCGGUGGGACUGGGGACCCGAAUUGAUGACAUGUGGACCAUUCCGACCUAUCAUUCUGAGAAGGUAUACAGCCAGAAUUGGGAGCGUGUGGACGCACGCAUCAGUCACCGACACGAAUAACGCAGCUACAAGAUUGAAAGUAGAUGUGGACAUUCUCGGGGUCGCCGCGUUACCGACAUUUAUCAAAGUGGCAUUACGGGAUGCUAAGGGCACCAAGGUCGAAUUGGAGGAGCUCUCCUCAACGUCUAGGUCCGUGGACUGGCGUUUUACGCCCGGGCAAGUGCAAUUGUGGUGGCCGGUCGGCUAUGGAGACCAGGUUCUCUACCGUGUGGUUGUAGAAUUGCUGGGUCCGAACAGAGAUGUCAUCGAUUCGAAGACAAUUCGGGUUGGAUUUCGCAGCGUCAAGCUUAUACAAGAAGAACUCGAGGAACCUGAUCAAUAUGGCACCGGGACGACCUUCUUGUUUGAGAUUAACGGUAUUAGGAUGUUCAUGGGGGGCUCGAAUUGGAUCCCGGCCGAUAACUUUUUAACCACGCUGACUCCGGAACGUUACCGGGCAUGGCUUACGCUGAUGCGCGACGGCAACCAGAACAUGGUUCGCCUAUGGGGCGGAGGUGUCUAUGAGCCGGACUGUUUCUACGAUAUCUGCGAUGAAUUGGGAAUACUCGUCUGGCAAGACUUUCAAUUCGCAUGCGGUGUGUACCCGGCAUACGAGGAAUUCGUCGCAUCGGUUCGCAAAGAGGCCACGGACAACGUCAAGCGACUCAGGCAUCAUCCGUCAAUUGCGCUAUUUUGUGGAAACAACGAGGACUAUCAGAUGAUUCUUCAGUGGGGCGAUGUAAAAUUAUUCCCGGCGAUCAAAAUUUACGAAGACGUACUACCAACUAUAGUCGAGGCUUUAUGUGAUCCACCUAUCCCAUACCACCGCGGAUCUCCGUAUGGUGGGCAAGGUUGGGACACAGCAGAUCCGACGGUCGGGGACGUUCAUCAGUGGAACAUUUGGGGGGGCAAGGAAUUGCCGUACCAAGAGUACGACCGGAUGGGUGGGCGAUUCGUCAGCGAAUUCGGCAUGCCAUCCCUACCGUCAAUGCGUACAAUCGAAUAUUGGAUGGAUAGUGCACCAGCCCAAGAAUGGCACGCGCAAAGUGCGUUGAUGGCGCAGCAUUGUCGUGCGGGAAGCUACGAGAGACGAUUCGCCAUUGCGAUGAACGAAAACUUCAGAGUGACUGAAGAUUUGGAAACGUAUGCGUUUAGGACCCAAGUUAUGCAAUCGGAAAGCGUCGGAUUUGCGUAUCAGUCGUGGAGAAGAGGAUGGGGUGGACGAGGGAAGCAAUACACGUCCGGCGUCCUCGUCUGGCAAUUGAACGACUGCUGGCCCGUCACUUCGUGGGCUAUCGUUGAUUACUUUUUACGGCCCAAGCCCGUCUAUUACUCUAUCAAGCGACAUCUGGACACAUUCGCGAUUGGCCUCCUGCGCAAUGUAACGAAGAACCGGCCCAACGACCGCCCACGCCAAUUCUAUGAAUUUGGAGCAUUCAGAGCUGUCGGCGCAAAGCUGGAUAUUUGGGCGUCAAACUCUACCCUGAAGAGGCGCCCUGCCACGCUCAAAUUACAGUUCGUGGAUCUCAAAAGCAACUGGGCGGCAACCGAGGAGCAUAAAGUUGUUCUCCUUCCUAAUCAGACAAGCGAACUAAUGUCUAUUACUUGCCCUGGAUCCCAUGCGACCGUUGUCAUUGGAGCACGGCUCCUAGAUGACAGGUCUGGGAAGGUCCUGGCACGCCACGUCGAUUGGCCCCAGCCAUAUAAAUAUCUGACUCUUCCAGACCCCAGAUUGAAGGUAAUAGUAGUGGAAAACAAGGUCGAGUUGCAGGUCGAAAAGCCUGCAAAGUGCGUGUUUCUGACUACGAAAUCGAAGGUUACAUGGAGCGAUAAUGCUAUUGAUUUGAUGCCGGGAGAGAAGAGGACUAUCGAGGCAAGCAGGUUGAUUGACAAGAACGAGUUGCGUGUCGCGUUUCUAGGGCGUGAAAAGGCCUUUUCUAUUCCUUAGUAGUCUCAAGUAAACAGUAGUUUAUGGCAUGGGUAGUACUACAACAAAUCAUUUGCACCUGGCAUUUCUGAUAUCCUAUUCGUUGAUGGUCAGCACGCCGCGGGAAAAUACCAGGACAACGCCGGUG